UACUUAAAUCAAUUACUCCAUUUGCUUCCUUACAAAUGAAGAUUCUCUGUUGCAUGCCGUGUCUCUGAAGUCUUGUGGUUUUCCUAUUAAUGCGAAAAUUGGAGGACCUGGUGGCGUAGAAACUGGUUUUAGUUUCUGAGUAUCGGAAUUCCGAGCAGGAGGUCCUGUUCUUGUCGUUGCGAACAAUUCUGUUUUUUUUUUCUGGUCUUCGGAACUAUUAGUGAAGACUCGACAAGCUUAUCUCAUGACAUCAGGAAAUUUGAGGAGAAGGGUCCAUCAUGGAGAUAUUGAUGGGAAAAGGUAUGAACAUUUGGAAACUUCAGGAUUGGAAAGCCUGAGUGAGCCUUUACUAGGGAAGUCCAGCUAUGAUAGUACGUGCUCAGAGGUAGACACUCAAGAAGAUCUUUGGGAAGAUGAAAGGAAAAAGGAACGCCUCCACUGGACAUUUCUUUUCUCCCAGUUGAUUGCUCAAUGGGCACAAUGGUUGGCAAAUAUUGUCUUUGGAUCUGGGUCGCUUCUUGGAAGGCUUCUAACUCUCCCUUUCAGCUCUCAUAAAGGACACGAUUGGAGGAACAUUACAGUUAGUCCUUUACAAGAGGAAAGACUCAAAAGUCUACAGCAAAGAUUGGAAGUCCCCUUUGAUGGCUCUCGUUUGGAACAUCAAGAUGCACUUAAACAAUUAUGGAGGUUAGCUUAUCCUGAUAGAGAACUACCAUCUCUUAAAUCAGAGCUCUGGAAGGAGAUGGGUUGGCAAGGUCCAGAUCCUUCAACAGAUUUUAGGGGAGGUGGAUAUAUUUCAUUGGAAAAUCUUAUCUUCUUUGCAAAGAAAUAUCCGGAAUCAUUCCAAAUGCUGUUACACAAACAAGAAGGACAGAGAGCUGAGUGGGAGUAUCCCUUUGCCGUGGCAGGAAUCAAUAUAUCUUUUAUGCUGAUACAAAUGUUGGAUCUGCAAUCAGGCAAGCCAACAUCAAUGGCAGGAAUCCAGUUCUUAGAACUGUUGAGAGAAGAUGAAAUGGCUUUUGAUAAUCUUUUCUGUGUUGCAUUUCAAAUGAUGGAUGCCCAAUGGCUUGCAAAGCGUGCUACUUACAUGGAAUUCAAUGAGGUUCUGAAGGCAACAAGAACGCAGUUGGAGCGUGAGCUUGCUCUCGAAGAUGUCGCCAGUGUAAAGGACUUACCUGCAUACAACUUAUUGAAAUGGUAGCCAGCCACUUUUGCCUGUUUUGUGAAGGUAUAAAGCAUUUUAUCCCUCUGUAAGCUAUGAAGAUUUUUCAUUCAGCUUGAUGACAUCACAUGAAAAUUUUUGUUCAUGUGAAAAGUUCUGAUUUCAAUUAAUAUAACCCCUUUUUAAUCUGUAAAUCACUACAUUAUAAAAGCAAAUUUGCCUAUUGAGUCUCAUCACCAACAUUCUUAGUGGGCCAAGUUGACCUUUAUAACACAGAGAGAUGACCAUAGCAUGUACUUGCAUUUCCUUUUGUCUUUCAAACAGCAAGAUUUCCACUUGUACCUGUCCUUGCUAGUCAGGCAAGUGUAAUUUGUGACUCUUUCUGCUGUUGUUUA